GCGGGCAUGGCAGAGGCGCGACCGGGGCCGCCGGCGGGGCUGCAGCUGAGCGCGCUGCCGGACCACUCGCCGCUGCUGCAGCCGAGCUUGGCGGAGCUGCGGCGCCGGGCGCGGGCGGUCGACGCUCCCUCAGGACCCCUGCAGCUCACCGACUCCUUCCUCCUGCGCUUCCUGCGCGCCCGGGACUUUGACCUGGACCUGGCCUGGCAGCUACUAAAGAACUAUUACAAGUGGAGAGCAGAAUGUCCAGAAAUAAGUGCAGAUCUGCACCCAAGAAGCGUUCUGGGCCUUCUGAGGGCUGGCUACCUUGGGAUUCUCAGAGGCCGAGACCGCACCGGCAGCCGAGUUCUCAUUUACAGAAUUGCACAGUGGGACCCAAAAGUUUUUACAGCUUAUGAUGUAUUCCGUUUAAGCCUAAUCACAUCCGAGCUUAUCGUCCAGGAGGUAGAAACCCAACGGAAUGGAAUCAAGGCUGUCUUUGAUCUGGAAGGCUGGCAUUUUUCUCAUGCUUUUCAAAUGACCCCAUCUGUAGCCAAGAAGAUCGCUGCUGUCCUUACAGAUUCCUUUCCAUUAAAAGUUCGUGGUAUCCAUUUGAUAAAUGAGCCAAUAAUUUUUCAUGCUGUCUUUUCUAUGAUUAAACCAUUCCUGACUGAAAAAAUUAAGAAACGGAUUCAUUUGCAUGGGACCAAUUACAAACAAAGCUUACAUCAACAUUUCCCAGACAUUCUUCCUCUGGAAUACGGUGGUGAAGAAUUCUCCAUGGAGGACAUUUGUCAAGAGUGGACAAAUUUUGUAAUAAAGUCUGAAGAUUACCUCAGCAGUAUUUCACAGAUCAUUCAAUGAGAAGAUAUUAUUUAAUGUCAAUGCCUUCCUAAUGAAAAAUACAUGAAUGAGAUCCUACCCGGUUACAUGAAUGAA